UUGCAGAUUUCUGCUGCUCAGGGAGCAUCAACUGGAGCUAAUUCGCCGGGAGAAGAGGAUAUACCGCCCUCUGCAAACGGUGCACCAGUAACAGCUCCUAACGUCGUUGCAAUCGACAACAAGAUCGAACAGGCAAUGGAUUUGGUAAAGACCCAUCUCACCUUUGCUGUUCGUGAAGAAGUCGAAGUGCUACGACAAACCAUUGCAGAACUCGAACAAAGGGUCUCCACCUUGGAAACUGAGAAUCAGCUUCUGCGACAAUAUGCGCCUGGAGAAGUUUUAAAUAAUAUUGCCGCGUUAGUGCAGCAAAGAAAAGCUAAUACCAAUCCCUCGUCAGCACCAACUCAACAUCCACCGGCGUCUGCACCACCGAAGAAGUGA